GGCAGCUGGCCAAACGUAUAUAAGUGCCAGAGCCAUUCCGCAAUCCUAAUCCAGUCUCUUCAGCGAGAUCCCAUUCACUCACUCCAACCCCACUACAUCCAUCCAUCACACAUCCGUUCCGACACAAUCAUGAGUCUCACACAGCAGAUUUCGCUCCCCAAUGGAGUGAAGUACGAACAGCCAUUGGGAUUGUUCAUCAACGGCGAGUUCGUCAAGGGUGUCGAGGGCAAGACCUUCGAGGUCCACAACCCAUCUGACGAGAAGGUCAUCUGCUCGGUCCACGAGGCCACCGAGAAGGACGUCGACAUUGCCGUCAAGGCUGCCAGAGCUGCCUUCACCGGAGGCGAAUGGCCCAAGUUGAAGCCGUCCCAGCGUGGCCAGCUUCUCUGCAAGCUCGCCGAUCUCUUCGAGGAGAACGUCACCAAGCUCUCGUCGGUCGAGUCCCUCGACAACGGAAAGGCCCUGGCCCUGUCCAGGACCGAUGUCACAAUGGCUGCUGGAUGUUUGAGAUACUACGGUGGUUGGGCGGACAAGAUCCACGGAAAGGUCGUGGAUACUCAGCCCGGAACCUUCAACUACACCAAGCACGAGCCCAUCGGCGUCUGCGGACAGAUCAUCCCAUGGAACUUCCCCUUGCUCAUGUGGGCCUGGAAGAUCGGUCCCGCCAUCGCCACUGGUAACGUUGUCGUCCUGAAGACUGCCGAGCAGACUCCUCUCAGCGCCCUGGUUGCCGCUGAGCUCAUCAACGAGGCUGGUUUCCCUCCCGGUGUCAUCAACAUCAUCUCCGGUAUCGGACGGGUUGCCGGUGCUGCCCUCUCGAACCACAUGGAUGUCGACAAGAUUGCCUUCACUGGUUCCACUCUCGUCGGACGGACGAUCCUCAGGGCCGCUGCCGACAGCAACCUGAAGAAGGUCACCCUCGAGCUCGGAGGAAAGUCCCCCAACAUCGUCUUCGCCGAUGCCGACAUCGAGAAGGCCAUCGAGUGGGCCAACAUUGGUAUCUUCUUCAACCACGGCCAGUGCUGCUGUGCCGGUUCCCGCAUCUACGUCCAGGAGUCCAUCUACGACACCUUCGUCGAGAAGUUCAAGGAGAGAAUCCGCAAGAACGUCGUUGGUGACCCAUUCCACGGCGACACCUUCCAGGGACCCCAGGUUUCCAAGCUCCAAUUCGACCGCAUCAUGGGCUACAUCGAGCACGGAAAGGAGGAGGGAGCCGUCGUCGAGAUCGGAGGAAAGCGUUUCGGGGACGUCGGUUACUUCAUCGAGCCCACCAUCUUCUCGAACGUCACUCCCGACAUGAAGAUCAUGAACGAGGAGAUCUUCGGACCCGUCGCUUCCAUCGCAAAAUUCAAGGACAUCGAUGAGAUCGUCGAGGUCGGUAACGCUACCAACUACGGUCUUGCCGCCGCCGUCCACACCAAGGACCUCAACACCGCCAUCGAGGUCACCAACCGCCUGAAGGCCGGAACCUGCUGGGUCAACUGCUACAACAUGCUCAACACCGCCCUGCCAUUCGGAGGCUUCAAGGAGUCUGGUGUCGGACGUGAGCUCGGAAAGGCCGCUCUUGCCAACUACACCCAGGUCAAGACCGUCCAGAUCAACCUCGGUGGUCUCGGUUAGACGCAUCGCAUCCACUGCUUGAGUUCUGUUUUUCUAAGCAUUUUUCAUGAGUCCGACGACUGUAACGUAGGCUGCGGCUGGUUUUUGUGUUUCGUUUGGUUUUUUGGGGGACAGGAGCGCGUAUAUCUUUUCUACUUUCUGUAAGAUCAACUUGAAAUUUUUGUCGAUCAAU